UUACUCUCUUACGAUCUGUUCGUCUGUAUCUACAGACAGUACAAUGUGGACUACAAGUUGGACACCUAUCUGAAAAUCGCCCGUCUGUACUUGGAGGAUGAUGACCCGGUUCAGGCUGAGGCCUACAUCAACCGAGCUUCUUUACUUCAGAACGAAUCCACCAAUGAACAGCUGCAGAUUCACUACAAGGUGUGCUAUGCCAGAGUACUAGACUACCGGAGGAAGUUCAUUGAGGCUGCUCAGCGCUACAAUGAGCUUUCCUACAAAUCCAUUGUCCAUGAGACUGAACGUUUGGAAGCUUUGAAGCAUGCUCUUCAUUGCACUAUACUGGCCUCUGCAGGUCAGCAGCGUUCGCGUAUGUUGGCCACGCUGUUCAAGGACGAACGCUGUCAGCAACUUUCCGCCUAUGGCAUUCUGGAGAAGAUGUACCUGGAUCGAAUCAUUCGAGGAAAUCAACUGCAGGAGUUUGCCGCCAUGCUGAUGCCACAUCAGAAAGCCACCACAGCAGAUGGUUCAAGCAUCCUAGACCGAGCAGUCAUUGAGCACAACCUGCUUUCUGCUAGCAAACUAUACAACAACAUCACUUUUGAAGAGCUAGGAGCACUAUUAGAAAUUCCACCUGCAAAGGCAGAAAAGAUCGCCUCACAAAUGAUCACAGAGGGUCGCAUGAACGGCUUCAUUGACCAGAUAGACAGCAUUGUCCAUUUUGAAACGCGAGAGCCAUUGCCCACCUGGGACAAGCAGAUUCAGUCGCUGUGCUUCCAGGUGAAUAACCUGCUGGAGAAGAUCAGUCAGGCAGCACCAGAGUGGACGGCACAAGCUAUCGAGGCCCAGAUGACACAAUAAAGUCCCUUUAUCCCCUUCUAGCUACAUCCGUCGGCACACCCUAUAGGCAAAAUUAACAGCACCAUGAAAAGACUAUUGAACUUGAGCUCAUUCAUUAAGUUUAACCUCUCCCAUGAUUCUGUAUUAAGUUGGUUGUGAGGCAUUUCUGACAUUUGCAAAGACAGUCUGAGGCUUAAUAAACUGUGACCAUGUUUUCAUGUUUAUUUUCUGUCAGUUUUGAGCGCAAAACAGUCAAACUGUGAGAAAAAGGGUAUAUAUACUUUCAUAUACUGUCCUAAAAACUACCAUGUUUGGGAAAUCUGUUUGCAAGUCCAUUUGGUGCCGGUUGCAAGAAUCACACACUUUUUAAACAAUUUUCCUUACUUUAUUGAUUUUCUCCACAUGAACAGAUUGUCAAAAAAAUCAUUGAAAAUAAAUUUGCGAGUGAAAGGAA